GGGUAGGGCGAGACGGAGACCCCAUUACGCAUUCAGCCAGAGACAGUCGACUGCACCGGGAGGACCAGCACCGAGCAGAACAAGAACCGGGGAAUCUUCAUCCCCCUCUUUCUCCGUGAGACCCCCUCACACACCGCAGAGACAUCAUGCGUGAGAUCGUGCACCUGCAAGCCGGCCAGUGUGGCAACCAGAUUGGAGCAAAGUUCUGGGAGGUGAUCAGUGAUGAGCAUGGCAUCGACCCAACAGGAACCUACCAUGGAGACAGUGACCUGCAGCUGGACAGGAUCAACGUCUACUAUAAUGAGGCUUCAGGUGGGAAGUACGUGCCCAGGGCCAUCUUAGUGGAUCUGGAGCCAGGCACCAUGGACUCUGUCCGCUCCGGCCCCUUCGGACAGAUCUUCAGACCCGACAACUUUGUCUUUGGCCAGAGUGGAGCUGGUAACAACUGGGCAAAGGGCCAUUACACAGAGGGGGCCGAGCUGGUGGACUCAGUCAUGGAUGUGGUGAGAAAGGAGGCUGAGAGCUGCGACUGCCUACAGGGUUUCCAGCUCACACACUCCCUAGGCGGUGGUACCGGCUCUGGUAUGGGAACACUGCUCAUCAGCAAGAUCCGUGAGGAGUACCCGGACCGUAUCAUGAACACCUUCAGUGUAGUGCCCUCACCUAAGGUUUCAGACACAGUGGUGGAGCCCUACAACGCCACCCUGUCUGUCCACCAGCUUGUUGAGAAUACAGACGAGACUUACUGCAUUGACAACGAGGCCCUCUAUGACAUCUGCUUCCGCACCCUCAAACUCACCACACCCACUUACGGAGACCUCAACCACCUGGUGUCUGCCACCAUGAGCGGGGUGACGACUUGCCUACGUUUCCCCGGCCAGCUCAACGCCGACCUCCGCAAACUGGCCGUCAACAUGGUGCCCUUCCCCCGUCUGCACUUCUUCAUGCCCGGCUUUGCCCCCCUCACCAGCAGAGGCAGCCAGCAGUACAGAGCCCUCUCUGUGCCCGAACUCACACAGCAGAUGUUCGACGCCAAGAACAUGAUGGCGGCCUGCGACCCUCGUCACGGCCGCUACCUCACCGUUGCUGCCGUGUUCCGCGGCCGCAUGUCCAUGAAGGAGGUGGACGAGCAGAUGCUGAACGUGCAGAACAAGAACAGCAGCUACUUUGUUGAAUGGAUUCCCAACAACGUCAAGACAGCCGUGUGCGACAUCCCACCCCGUGGGCUCAAGAUGGCCGCCACCUUCAUCGGGAACAGCACUGCCAUCCAGGAGCUGUUCAAGCGCAUCUCCGAGCAGUUCACCGCCAUGUUCCGUCGCAAGGCCUUCCUCCACUGGUACACCGGAGAAGGCAUGGAUGAGAUGGAGUUCACCGAGGCUGAGAGCAACAUGAACGACUUGGUGUCCGAGUACCAGCAGUACCAGGACGCCACCGCUGAGGAGGGAGAGUUUGAGGAGGAGGGAGAAGAAGAGGCAACCUAAAGCUAAAAUAACCCACGAUUUCUCAACUGCACUCGUCAUAAAUCCAUCCAACCGUCCAAAUAUUAAUUCACUUUAACUCCUCUGAGGGAGUCAAAGUACUAAGUACUAUCCGUUCCCUUUUUCCUGUUAUCCUUCUCUUCCCUUUUCUCUCUGCCUCUCCUCUUUCCUCCUCUCAGAGUAGGACUCACAAGGCUAAAGUGACCCCCCGACCUCAUAGUUCACAUAGAGGAAGCUAACACAGCUGUGCUUGUGGUAUUUUGUCAGUAGCUUUCUGUCCAUGCUCUUUCAUCAGCAUCAGUCAAACUGGGCCAAGUAUUCAAUGAAACUGUUCAACUUUCAAUGUUCAAUUUGAUCACUUGUCUAGUUUGGCAUUGAUUGAAAUAAAUGUUUUAUUCCUGUUAAAA